AUAAAUAAAUCAACAAGCAAUAGCAACAACAACAACUUACUGCAAAAGCCAAAGGAUAUCUGUAUAUUAUAUAUGGAGCAAUACAAUUACCCAUGUAAACCCCUAACAGUUGACCGAACCGUUAUGUUUUAAGACCCCCUCUCCCUCGUUGUGUAAAAAAACAAAAAAAAAAAACGUAAACGUAAACGCAAAUGUAAAAAUCGAUAAACCACACGCAGCCAACGCAAACGCAAAGCCCCCCAAAAAAAGAAAUAACACACACAAAAACCCGAAAACUUGACCAAAAAAGAAAAAGUUGAGAACUAUAAAACUCUCUGCCGUUUGAAGAGCUUGAAAUAAAAGCGCAGAAAUGUGUAAAGUGGCUGUGAAAUUCGAAGUAUCCUAACCAAAAACCGAAUCGAAGACCCCAAACUGAACCGCAAACCAAUUUAUCAACAACAUUUAUGUAUAUAUGGACCUGCAUAUGUGAAACAAUAAAAAGCAAUAUAAAAUAUUGAAAUAUGAUUUAAUAAAGGGAGACCCAAAGAGAGAGAGAGAGAGAGAAGGAAAGGGAGGCGCAACUAUGCGAAACCCUAUUUAAGACAACUGUAAAAACAAACUCUAUUCAUUUCGGCGAGCCAAUCUAUAUAAAUAUAUAUAUUUUUCACAUGCGAAAUAGGAACAGCAAUAAUUUUCCUUUCCGCUUUUGCCACCAAAACCAAAUACCCACUACGAAGGUCUUUGCUCGUACGAAAGAAAACACUCGCUUCAGCACUUAACACUAAACUUGCCUCUAAAUCUAAAAGGAAAAACACCAAAAACAACGCUCAAUCACUCAAUCAACUCAACUCAACUUGAAUCAAUCAAUCAACUCAACUAAACUUUACUCAAAAUGCCGCGCUGCCUAAUUGCCAAGAAAUGGAAGGCAUAUCCUUGGCUGGAUCGCAACAGCGAGGAUAAUGCCAACAACACACCAACAGCAACAGCUCCACGGGAGGAGCAACUAUCCCCAUUGCCCAAUCUGAAGUCGCGUCGCUCCACCAUGGACGAUGAUGAGGAGAUCGAUGUUGUGGGCGACAAGCUAUUGACCAAAUCCGACAAGCAACGCACAACAGCAACAGCAACCGCCACAGCAGCAACAGAAGCAACAAACAACAGCAACAACAGCACAACAGCAACAGCCACUUCAACAACCACUGCAACAACUACGGCCAAGUGCUGGGGCCCCAGCUCCCCAACGGCGGGCACCACAGCUCCAAGUCCGCCGCCCCAUUCGCCGGAGGCAGCGACACGUGGCGCAACCAAUGUCUACAAUGGCUACACACGUGAGCUGUCGCCGCUGCAUUACACCGCGUACCUGCCUCGCAUGGAGAGCGAAAUAACGGUCAUACGGGCAGCAGCGACAGCGCUGGUGGCAGCAGCAGCCAACAGCAGCAGCAACAACACAGGUGAGCAACAGCAACAACAGCAACAGCAGCAACAUUUGGCUGCCUAUCAAACACCGCCGUCGUCAACCACAUCGUCGCCUUCGUGCUCGCCAAAUGGCGAUAGAUUCAGUCCGGGCAUGCUGCACAUUAAGAUGGAAUCUGGUCAGACGAGCAGCGAGCGCAAGUGCUUUAGCAGCACAGGUGCCACACUGUCGCUGCCGCCAAAGAAGAAGGACAUCUACAGGCCCUACUCGCUGGACGACAAGCCCACGCAUGGCUAUCGCCGGCGUGUGCCGGCCGAGGAGGAUUUGCAUGCAGCUCACGCCAUACUCGAUCUGAGUGCCUCGACAGCCUUUCAUCCGCCCACGCAGCCACAUCAGCUGCAGCAGCAGCCGCAGCAGCCGCAGCAACAGCAGCAACAUGAGCCACAGCAGCUGCAACUGCAGCAUGAGCCACAGCAGCAACUGUUGCCGCUAUCACUGCCGCUGCAGCAGCAACACUUGCGCACCACAUCAACGAUUGCGGAGCUAGCUGCCGCAGCCAGCGUGGUGAAUGAACAGCGACCCUUGAGCAAUGCUUCCAGUGCCAGCAGCAGCAUACACAGCAGCAACAGCAGCAAUCACAGCAGCAGCAGCAAUGUGCAGAACGAGAACAGCAACACAACCAAUCAGCUGCACAGCGGCCAUGGCCUGGGCCUGGGCUUGGGCUUGGGUCUCUCGCUGGACUGCCAUGCCGAGCCAGACACAGACGCCGAUGGCGAUGCGACCGGGCAGGCAGCGAAAACCGUUGCCUACACCUACGAGGCCUUCUUUGUGAGCGACGGACGGUCCAAGCGCAAGCAUGUGGCCGAUCCAGCCGCCGUCGUUGUCCAGGAUCAGCAGAAAACCAAGUACACCUGCUCCGAGUGUGGCAAGCAGUACGCCACCUCCAGCAAUCUGUCGCGCCACAAGCAGACGCAUCGCUCCCUCGACUCGCAGUCGGCCAAGAAGUGUCACACCUGCGGCAAGGCGUACGUCUCGAUGCCCGCCCUGGCCAUGCACGUGCUCACGCACAAGCUCUCCCACAGCUGCGGCGUUUGCGGCAAACUCUUCUCACGGCCGUGGCUGCUGCAGGGCCACCUGCGCUCCCACACAGGCGAGAAGCCCUACGGUUGUGCGCAUUGCGGCAAAGCCUUUGCCGAUCGCUCCAAUCUGCGAGCUCACAUGCAGACGCAUUCGGUGGACAAGAAUUUCGAGUGCAAGCGCUGCCACAAGACAUUCGCAUUGAAAUCGUACCUAAACAAGCAUCUGGAAUCGGCCUGCCUCAAGGACGAGGAGGAGCUCAUGAUGGCCAUGUCGUUGCAUGGCCAUACCGAUAGCAACAGCGAGAGUGGCGCCAGCUUGGCCUCGCCUCCGCACGAAUUCCUCGAACGGGUCAAGGUGGAGGCACCUGUCGGAGUGUCAGGUGUUGGCAUCACCUAUGCCAUCUAAAUGUUGAGUAAGUGUGCCAUUGCCAAAAAACAGAAAAACAAAAGAACACAAAAACAACAAAACAAAAACAAAAACAAAACAAAAACAAAGUAAAAGCAAUGCCCUUGUUAAUUGAUCGUUAAUGUUGAAAGUCAGUUAUCGAUAGCAGUUUUUAUAUAUACAACUAUAUAUAUAUAAAGAAUACGAUCACAAUACGUCCAAAAGCAAGUGUAGUAGAGUAACACAGAGACUGUAGAAAUUCGCAUUAGAAAACCAUUAAAAAACAAAAAAAAAACAAAAACAAAAUGAAAGAAAAAUGAUAGCUAAAUACACUUAGCGUAAACCUAAUCUCGUUCUUCUUUUAGUCUUAAGCGAGUUGAACAAAAAACAAAAACAAACAUUCCUAGAACCCAAAAAAAAACAAAUUGAAUAAAAAUAGAAUACUUAAGGAGAAGAAGCUGAACUUCUGAUACCCAUACACACACAGAAAGCCUUUUGCAGUAAUUGCAAAAACUUAAAACCUGAGAACUUGAGCAAUUCUAUAUCUAUAUAUACAUAUGUAUAUAUAUAUAUGUAUCUCUCUCUAUUACUAUCUAAACAAAACUACACACAUACAUACAUACACAUACAUAUAUACAAAUGGUGUACUAUAACCUGUAGCUAUCAAAAAACUUAUAGUCUUUAGCUCUACUCCCUAAACUCUAAACUCUAAAAUCUAAAACUCUACACUCUAAAACUCUAUAUCCUAACCAAAAAUACCAAGAAAAUUCUCUUUAAUCUUUAAUCGAAGACGAAGUGAUUAAAACAAAUUUAAUGCAACGAAUACGAAAAGCAAAUGCAAUGUUUCUCAAACAACGAAUUAGAUCCUAAGGGCAGUCUAUCUAUAAGCAGUAUAUAGUAGCGCCAGAGAGUAGACGAUAAACAAAAACAAAACGAAAAAAAAAAUACUAAAACUAUAACUAAUACAAAAUUCAGCUCCACAUUUUUCACAUCAUUUUAUAUAACUAAGUCACAUAGCAACAUUUAAGCACGUAAAAGAAGCAUUUUAAUUCAAAAACAAGUUUAAUCAAAAUGAGAACGCAAAGCAAUAUUACGAUAUAUCGUAUAUUAUAAAACAUCUGCAUAUUAUUGGCACAUAAGAAAAUUUCUGAUUUUGUUUGAGUUUUCUUAUGAUUUUAAAGGCUAGAGUUACAUGGGAAAUAGAAGAAGAAUAGAAGAAUCAGAGGGGUUAACU